CGUCACUCAGCGUGGCCUGGGUCGUCCGUGGUAACCCUGAGUCUGCGGAAGUGGAGAUCGGUGGGCAGGCAGCUGAGACAGCAAUCCUUACUACAGAGGGCUGUUCUUACUCCUCCAGACCCUAUGUCUGACCUGGAGAGGGCACCUCUUCUUCUGGAAGCUUUGACCUGAUCCAGCAUUGCCUCGAUCUCUGCCUUCAGGGACAAAAAUGGUGAAAACUGCUCAACUUAUAUUAAUUUCACAAGGUACUGAAAGUUGGUGGAACCAGAAUUUGUGACAUCAGGUAUCUUUUAGUAUGCAGCCAUUCAUGAUUUUGGAAAACUAAGGCAGAUAGGAAGCCCCUUCUGAGGUUUUCAACAAAGCUCUUGAACAACCUACACACCAUGGAUGUAAAGCUGGACCCUUCCCGAGAUGACCUGCCUCUCAUGGCCAACACCAGCCACAUUCUUGUGAAGCACUAUGUACUGGAUUUAGAUGUAGAUUUUGAAAGUCAAGUCAUUGAGGGCACUGUAGUGCUUUUCUUUAAGUCUAGAAACAGGCUCAAGAAACAGAGUACGUCCACCAGGGAAAUGUGCGGAUCAGAGUCAAACGAAGCCUGCAGAGUCAGCUCGCCUGAACCCUGCAGCAGCCCUGUGACUACUACAGGGACCUUCUCAUCUGACAUGGGAUGGAAUGACUUUGUAAUCUGUGGUAAAGGUGGAAAAGAUACUGCUGGGAAAGACUGUCACCAUGACAACCGGGAGCAGGCCUCUGGGGUUUCUAGCUCAAAGCACUGCUGUGGCACAGGGAAUCAUGGGAGUGAAGAUUUUGUGCUAGUGCUGGAUUGCUGUGAUCUAUCUGUGUUGAAGGUUGAGGAAGUGGACGUUGCUGCUGUGCCAGGUGUUGAAAAAUUUACAAGGUCUCCCCAGCUCAUGGUUGUUCCGGAGGAGCUCAGGAAUCAGAUUGUCCAUGAACUUGUGACUCUGCCUGCGUAUUGUUGGAGGGAGCAGUUAGACUAUUAUGCUCUCUGCAGCCAGGCUCCUGGCUGUGGGGAACUCCUGUUUGACACUGACACGUGGAGCUUACAGAUCAGGAAGUCAGGCGUUCAGACAGCCACUGACUUUCCUCACGCCAUAAGGAUACGGUACAGAACCAAACCUCAGGGACGAUCAGUUAUGUGGACCUCAGACCAGAGUGGCAGGCCAUGUGUUUAUACUAUGGGAUCUCCCAUAAACAACAGGGCCCUUUUUCCAUGCCAGGAGCCACCCGUUGCCAUGUCAACAUGGCAGGCCACCGCUCAAGCAGCUGCAUCUUUUGUUGUUCUAAUGAGUGGGGAGAAUUCUGCCAGGCCAGCACAGCUUCAGGAAGGGUGUUUAAGCUGGCAUUACUAUGUAACCAUGCCAAUGCCAGCUUCCACCUUCACAAUUGCAGUGGGAUCCUGGGCAGAAAUGAAGUUAGAUACAUGCCCAUCAAGCAAUCUGGAAACAGAGAGCUCCUUCUCACCCUCUGAGGCUGACUUCAGGUAUGCUGAUGUUUGUGGCCACACAGAAUACCCCUGCCGCUUCCAGAGUGCUUCUGCUGCCACCCAGGCUAUCAUUCCUUAUCGGGUCUUUGCUCCAGAGUCCCUCAAGGGUGCCUGCCAGGAGACCCUUCUGCAGCUGAUCCCACUUUGCCUCUCAGCGGCACACUCUGUCCUGGGCACACACCCGUUCUCCAGGCUGGACUUACUCAUCGUGCCCGCCAACUUCCCAAGUCUGGGGAUGGCCAGCCCACACAUCAUCUUCCUCUCUCAGAGCGUCUUGACAGGAAUGCGCCAUCUCUGUGGGACCCGUCUCUGCCACGAAAUUGCUCAUGCCUGGUUUGGCCUAGCCAUUGGGGCCCGUGACUGGACGGAGGAGUGGCUGAGUGAAGGGUUCGCCACUCACCUGGAAGAUGUAUUCUGGACCCAAGCACAGCAGCUGGCCGCCCACAAGGCCCAGGAGCAUCAGGAGCUGAGGGCUUGUCUACACUGGCGUCGCCUCCAGGACGAGGUGCAGAACUCCCCCGAGGGGAUGCAGGUGUUGAGACCUAAUAAAGAGAGAACUGGCCAUGUGAGUGACUCGGGAUCGUCUGUCAUCAGACAUGGGCUUAAUCCAGAGAAGGUCUUCAUGCAGGUUCAUUAUCUGAAGGGCUAUUUCCUCCUCCGGUUCCUUGCCAGAAGACUUGGAGAUGGCACCUAUUUUACAUUUUUAAGAAGAUUUGUGCACACAUUUCACGGGCAGUUGAUUCUUUCCCAGGAUUUCCUUCAAAUGCUGUUGGAGAACAUCCCAGAAGAAAGAAGUUACAUGCUGCAAGUGCAAGGGCAGCUGUUCUGUCUCAGGAAUCAGUACACAGUGGAGGCUGUGGAAGGGAGCGUCUUUGAAAGCAGAGAAGGGGAGACGAGGAGUUGUGUGGUAGACAUCGUCAAUGUGAUUUCUGUAAGUGCUGAUGUUUUAUGAGCAAGGGAAGAAAAAGCCACAAGUGCUUGGAAGGAAAUUCAGGCCAAUCCUGGACUCCAGCCUGCCUGCAAACAGAGCGCCUGCCCUCCUGAUAUGAAUCAACAGCAGUUCUCCUUCUGCUCAUCGAUUGUUAUGCUCGUGCGCAUGUUCCUGUAUUUGUUUCAGCCACUGCAUCCUCCACGGAGCUAGGGGGCACUUGCUGGAUAAGGGCUUCCUCAGGGUCUUCAUUAUCUACCCAAGCACAAAUGACUUGUUUCACCAAGAAAUAAGUAACCAUAUGCAGAGCUUUGAGAUGCACACUGUAUCCAUAUGUAGAGAGGAAGCUUAAAAACAUCAAAACAAAUCUGUACAGAAUGUGAGCUGCAUUCCAGAAAAAGCGCAUUUUCCACGUCAGACCCUGAACACUGAAGUUCCCAGUGCUCGCAUCCAUCUGGUACCUGUGCUUCCAGAGUUCGUUCCAUCUGUCAUUCAGUUCAUGUGAAGGUUGCUGGGGCCAUUGCUUUCCUACAGAGGCACUGGUAGAAUGUGAUCUCAAGAGGCUGAAGCAGGAGCCAAGGGGGAUAAAGAUGUUUCUCUUGAUGCACAGAAGUAGCAGAUAGGGCUGAUAAUCAACUCCCCAUCCUGUCAUUCUGCCCUCGGAAAUCAACUGAGCAAGCAAUAUAGCACAUGCAGUACCAUUUUCUCACAAGCCUGCGUCUGUUUCUAUGUAUUGUAACAUCACAAAGAGAUGAACAUUUGGCUUUAAACUUUCUCAGCUUGAAACACAGUUAAUUUUUCUAGCCAGCAUUAUUCCAGGCUGUCCAACAUAUCUGUCCUCUACUGUGACCACAUAUCUUAGAUGAACUGGAGAUGGACCCUCAAACUCCGCAUUGCCUUGCAGAAUGCAGGAGUACAACAAGGGGACUCUCCAGCCAGAGGGUGCAGCCUGUUGCCCCAGAUACCCUGGAACUUAGCAGUGAGGUGGGAGUCCCGCUCGCUGGUACACAUCUGGAGUACAUGCAGUUGUAGUUCUGUGUAUUGUCAGAUCUCUGUAUAAAAUCAAUUUCCAUAGUGAUCAGACAUGCAGAAGAGUAAUUUCCUGUAAGUCCUGGGUCCCAGCAAAGUGGAAAUGCUUCUGCUUGUCUGUUGUGAUUAUUUAAGCCACAUGAUCUCAGAGGGGAAGCAUUCACCAUCGGCUUAGACUCUGAGUGUCCUGAUUUGAAAGAGCCUGUGUUUACUUUCCCACUGCUGUAUAUCCAAGUUCAGACCUAAAAAUUCACCUGUACUGUCAUCUAAGUAAUUAUGAUUGAAACAGCAAAACUAUGUAUGUUAUUUUUUCCCCUGAAACAUACAGUCCAUUUCUUCCCUGAAAAUUAAUCAUUUUCACAUGUUCUCUCAUAAUUUCCUGGGGAGGUAGGUCUGCUUACAGUACCUUAAAAUUUUUCUUAGUAGCUGGAUUUAAUACUGUCAUCCUCCUCUCAUAGCUUAACAUCUUAUUCUAUGUGGGCAGCCCCCCAACAGCCUCAUGCUGAUGCUGGGGAUCUCGAGACCUGGGUGCUUUCUUUAGCCCUGUCUGGGCUGACUUUGGCCCGGCCUCUUAUGCUGCAGUUUCUCCAUGUGCUAAAAAGCCUCACAACAAUUGACACCCAAGUCACAAGGAUCUUACGGGAAAUGAAGUGACAAUGGUUAUAAGGUGCUUUGAACCUUUCCAAAGGAAAAUGAUCUGGAAACACAGGUUCUUUCCAUUCCUGGUGAGUGUCUUUUGCUCCUUUUGCAGCUGAAUGAUGAACUCUCCUGCCCUCACCCUGCCACCCCUCCCAAGGGUCUCCCAUCCCUUCAGAACUGUGGCUGAAGGGCAGACAAACAGGGCAACCGUCAGCAGGGAAGAUGUGAGCCAGGGGAAUCAGUGUUUUAGAGCAAGUGGAGGCCCUCCCACCGUGUGCGCCACAAAUCAGGAACCAAAGUGUCCUGACACCCAAGUUCAGCUCUGAAAGGAAGGUGUGGGCCCUGCAGCCAGGCAACUUUUUGAAUCCUAGCUUUUCAGGUACCAUCUCUGUGGCCUUGAAUGUAUCCCUUAGUCUCUCAGAACUUUUAUUUGCUCAUCUCUAAGAUGGGGAUGAUGACAUUGGUCUUGCACAAAUAUUAUAAGGUUUAAAUGAGAUUUCUGUCUGUAGUGUGUGGUACCUAGUGGGUGUUCAAAAAACACUAGCUACCUUUCACUCCUUACCACUCCACAGUGGGUAGAGGAGACUGUUUUGUGUUUCAUGCCACUAUGCCAUAGUGUGUGUAAAUACUACAUGCAAAAUUUGUCUUAAUACUUUGCAAUGAAGUAACCUGACUGGUUGUCCAGGUCAUAAACUUUAGCACAGAUUGUACAUAGACAUGAACAUUCUCUGGAAAGCCAGCCUGCAGAGAGCAGUGGGGCCCACUGUCUGCACUUCACCUCUCACCCCUCUGAAGGGACCCCCCCAGCACCGCCCUCCCUGUCCGUCCCCAGCAUCCCCUACCUCGACGCUCUUCCCAUAGCCUCAUGCUUGA